UUACUAUAAUAUAGCUAGGUACCCAGUUGUCAGUAGUAAAUUUUACGUCAAUUUUAUUUUCUGACCAAAGUUACUAGCAAAAUUAAAUUACUCCAAAAGCAUUUUCAACAGUAUUGUACCUGAAAUUGUUUACGUACAUACUAAAAAGGAAAUCAUGUCGUCCCGCAAAACAGCAGGCCGCCGUGGCACCAACAAGAAGAGAGCCCAGCGCGCAACUUCCAAUGUCUUUGCCAUGUUUGACCAAGCUCAGAUUGCUGAGUUUAAGGAAGCUUUUAACAUGAUUGACCAGAACAGAGAUGGGUUUGUUGAUAAAGAUGAUCUGCAUGAUAUGCUUGCAUCUCUUGGCAAGAACCCAACAGAGGACUAUUUGGAGGGUAUGAUGAAUGAGGCACCAGGGCCCAUCAACUUUACUAUGUUCCUCACACUGUUUGGUGAGCGUCUCCAAGGAACCGAUCCUGAGGAUGUCAUCAAAAACGCUUUUGGGUGUUUUGAUGAGGAGAACAUGGGUGUUAUACCGGAGGAGCGUCUGCGUGAACUGUUGACGACAAUGGGCGACCGUUUCACCGAUGACGACGUUGAUGAGAUGCUCCGAGAGGCGCCCAUACGCGAUGGGAUCUUCGACUAUGUGGAGUUCACACGUAUACUCAAACAUGGCGCCAAAGACAAGGACGAGCAGUAAGAUUAAGAAGUUUUAACAUGGCAGGUUUGUCCUAUAAAAUGUGUUAAAAGAUAUUUUUUUCUCUCAUAUAAUAUAUUUAGCACACAUCUCAUUGAGUAUGAUUAAUUUUCUGUCCACCUAUAUUAAUUAAAUUUCUAAUCUAAUAGGUUAUAUCUAAUAUUUAUUCAUAAUCCAAAUUUCAAAACUUUACGAUUUUUAGGUAUAUUAAAAUGUAUUUUUUUUUGUCAGAACCUGCCAUAUUGUGUUAAUUAUCAAUUUAUUAAAUUAUGUAAUCGUAUAUUUUAUUAUAUUAUAAGAUUCAUGAAAACUAAUCCACUUUGUAUAAGAGGAAUUUGUUUAGUUAUAAUGUUAUGAUUGUAUGGAAUAUAACAAUCUGGAUAGACACUGAGGUGCUAGUAAUAGAUAUUAUAUGGAUUUGUUGCAUUUUGAUUGAUUUUAUACAUGCAUUUUUCAGGGAUAUAAAAUACCCUUACUUCUCAAUUCCAAUAUAUUACAUGAGUUAACUUUAAAAAGUUUUACAGUGAGUUAUUAAAUGAUCACACAAGUAGUUAUCCCUAAGCAACAUAUUUUCAGUAUUUAUGUAUGAUAAUAAAAUCAUACGCUUUUUUAACUUGGUAUGAACAAUUAGCCAAACAGCUUUUGCGAUCUGCUGGGAGUAUGCAAUUAGUACAAAAAACACUAACAAAGCUGUAAUUUAUGUUUUGUACAUCGAAAUAACAAAAAAAGAUGAGUAGGUAAGUAGCCAGUCAUGCCGCGACCAUGACUAACGUUUCACAAAUGUGCGUUGAAUGUAUAUCGAAACCAUUACACGAGGACUUUUGUCGUAAAAUGCGUCACUACUUAAUACUGCGGGGCUACCUUGUGGCAUAAAUUAAGUUUGAGAGAUUGUAAAAACAAACAUGCAGCAGAAACGCCUUCGAACACAAGUGAAGUUUUGUGGCGGCGCCGCGGUUAAAAAAAUGGAUAUGCCUCAAAACUGCAUAUAAUGUAUAAUCAAAAUUUGUUGUAAAUUUUUUUAUUUUAAAUUGCUGUUCAUCGGUAAAGUUGUGGUCUUAAAAUUAUUUUUGGCAUUGCUUCUAAACUGAUAGAAACAACAUUGGAAAAGACGUUUUGAUUUAGAAUUUUUAAUAGACGUUUAGAGUUACAUAAAUUUGCAACUUUCGCUACAAAUAUCGUUCUUAUCCACAUUGUAGCUUCUCAGCCUUUGAAACCACAUAUUUAAAAAAAAAACUAUUGAUAUGAUUAAUUUCUCAUUAGCCAUUAUAAAAAAAAAUAAGGCUGAUUGGUAAUGAAUGUAUAAAAGUAUUAAAUCAUUCCUUUUUAUUGUAGCAGCCAUCUGAAGAUAACAGUGUGAUGAAUUGUAUUAAAACUGAUGGGCUAGUAGUAUAAGUUCCAACCAUACUUAUUAUAUGGAAAUUUAUUGUGUUUAAGAUCUGUAACCAUAUAUUUAAUCAUAAUCACGUAUGUACUUAUUGCGUUUUUUUUUCAAAUAAACUCUUCUAAUAUUUA